CAGCUGAGAGUUGUGCAGUUAAGGUAAAAGAAGUGAAAUUUUUGUGCGGAAAAAUGCAGUCCUUCCUGUCGUUUGUGACCGUUGCGGUGGCGCUGGUGGUCGUUUGCAAGGCCGAUUACAACGACUCCCAAAAAGAGACCAUCAACAAGUACUCGGACAUCUGCAAGAAGGAGCUGGACUUUCCGGAGGAUUCCAAAAUUCUGCAAAUGGCCAUGUACGGAGAUUUGUCCCUGAACGAUGAUAAGUCCAAGCAAUUCUACGCCUGCAUGCUGAUGAAGAUGGGCUUCGUCGAGCAGGACGGCACGGUCAACGGCCAGGAGAUCGUCGAGUUCAUGGCGCCCCAGUUUGACCGCGAGGCCGUGGCCAGCGCCGUGGAGACCUGCAAGAACCCGGAGGGCGAGCUGGUCAACGACAAGAUCUACGCCUUCGGACAGUGCUUCUUCACCAAGAAGACGUUCGAAAUCUAACGGGAAGGCGUUUCAAGUGCGGCGAAAAAACCAUCCCAGAAGCAAUAAAGACUUGU